AUGCACUUGAAUACCAACCCAGACAAGGGAAAUCAAACAGCUCCUGUUACUUUUAUUCUCCUUGACUUUAAUAGUGAGGAUUUGAAGACGUUGUUCUCCAUACUGUUUCUGCCCAUCUACAUUGUAACCAUGACUGGGAACAUCCUCAUUAUCAUUCUAGUCAUCAUUGAUCACCAUCUUCAUACACCCAUGUAUUUCUUCCUGGGAAACCUGUCUUGCCUGGAGACUUGCUACAGCUCAACCAUUAUGCCAAGGAUGUUGGUCAGUUUUCUGAGUGGGGACAAAACUAUUUCUAUUAGUGGAUGCUUUGCACAACUGUAUUUCUUUGGGUAUCUUGCAACUACAGAAUGUAACUUUCUAGCUGUCAUGUCUUAUGAUCGUUACUUAGCAAUAUGUAGACCAUUACAUUACACAUUGCUUAUGAAUGGGAAAAUUUGUGUUGUGCUAAUUGCUGCAUCAUGGAUCAGUGGAUCAUUGGGUAUCAAUCUUAUAAUAUUCUUGAUAUCUCAGCUGAGUUUCUGUGGUCCCAAUGAAAUUAACCACUUUUUCUGUGAUUUGUCCCCAUUGAUAAGACUGUCCUGCAAUGAUACCCAAGUGGUUGAAAUCACAGCCUUCAUAGUUUCCUCCAUAGGCAUCCUACCCCCAUUUUUAAUAACCAUGACAUCUUAUGCUUGCAUCAUCAACAGCAUUUUAAAAAUCUCAUCUACUACAGGGAAACAAAAGGCAUUUUCUACUUGCUCCUCUCACUUGACUGUGGUUGCUUGCUUCUAUGGCUCCUUGAUAAUAGUUUAUGUUCUACCAAACACAAGUUCAUUGAGUGACUUCAAGAAACUGUUCUCUCUGUUCUAUACUCUGCUCACUCCAUUGGUCAAUCCCCUUGUAUACAGUCUGAGGAACAAAGAAGUAAAGGAAGCAGCAAAGAAAACUCUCAAGAUGUUUCAUAGAACUCAUUAA